CGCAUGUUUAUCCAUUGGAGCCAUGAACGCGCCCCCUGCCCGUAGAAGGUGAGAGAGUAUCUGGAAGAGACGACUCGAGUACGCGACUACCGGGAUCGAUCGGAUUAAACUCGAAUUGGGUGAAAUUAACACAAAGGAGAAAACGAGCCGGUGAAGACGGGAUACCGACACGCCGAACAUUAUAAAAUAACUUGAAUUUCGUAGUUUAUUAACGGACCAGGAAGGAUUGUACUGGAGAUACUAACGGGAGUUAAUUUGAGAAACCCUGAAUUGACCAAGCUUGUUGGGUCCUGUAACCUGUCUUUGCCUGACUCUACAUUCUCAUUCUCUGGGAGAAUUAGGGAAAUAUGGAGUGACAUGCUGCAGAUUAGUUAGCGGAUUAGAGGCUUUGAGGUCAUCCACCUCUGUGUGAGCGCAGGUUCCCUGGAGCCUCAUUCCCCCCAGCAGCAAUGGCUGACCCGGGGAUGUUGAGCCUGUUCGGGGAUGAUGCCAACCUGUUCUCGGAUGGGCUGGAGGGCCUGGGGGACUGUGGCUUCCCCCAGGGCCAGCCCAACCCCAUAGGACAGCAGGAGCACCAGGGCUACGGGUCGCUCUCCUCCAACUCACUCCACCACCCCUCGCAGGCCGGCCGCGGACAGCCCAAGAUGGGCCACCCCUACGACCCCUUUGCAGGCUACGAGCAGCAGCAGGGCAACGGUCCCGCCGUCAACGGCAUGGUGACCUCUCGCUACCACAACAGCCCCCAACAACCCGGAGGGGGGCACCAUGUCUACCCCAGAGCCCAAGGCGAUGGGCACGGGCAGUCCUUCCCUGACGGAGGAGCCGUAUGGGGCCCCCAACCUGGCCCCGGGCAGGGCAGGCCUCCAUUCCAGCAGCAACAGGCAUCCCCCCAGGCCCCCUCCCACCAGCAGCAUGGCCCCUCUGGGCCCCAGGCCCCCUCCCACCAGCAGCACGGCCCCUCUGGGCCCCAGGCCCCCUCCCACCAGCAGCACGGCCCCUCUGGGCCCCAGGCCCCCUCCCACCAGCAGCACGACCCCUCAGGGCCCCAGGACCACGGCCACCGUAUGGGCCCCUACAUGGGCCGGUCCGACUAUGCCACUAUGCAGGGCCACCCUGGCCAGACCCAGACGCCGCCCAGGAUCAACCACUUCCCUCCAGGCAUGGGCCAGGAGCCCAACCACUACAUGGGCCACGUGGGGCUCCAGCAGAACUCCAGCAUGACGGGCCACCCGGCACAGCAACAGCAGCCCCCCCAGCAGUUCCUCCACCGGCCCGGCCAGGGCCCUGUUCACACCCAGGACCACAUGGCCUCCCACACCUCUCACCAGCAGCACCAGGGCUUGGCCGGGAGGCCACACCAGAACAUGGGGUUCAACAUGCACGGCCAGGCAGCCUCUCCUGGUGUUGUAACCAGCUCAGGGCCGUACCCCCCCUACCCCCAGUACGGCAACCUUAAUCAGGGAUUAGCCGGCAGUGCAGGGAUGAGUCCCGGCAUGAGCCUCGGCAGCACCAGCAACAACAACAGUAGUGCCAGCGGGCCUAUGGGGCCAGACCAAGUCCAGUGUUACCCCAACGCAGGGGGGGGCCCACAGUGCUACCCGGAUCCUCAGGUACACCAGCAGCCUGUCCACCCCAACCAAAUCACCGGCCAGCCCAUGCACCCCUCCCAGGCCCAGGCCACCCCCCAUAAGCAGCCCCGCCUCCCCACACCACCUCAUGGAUCUUACGGUUCUCCCACCUCCAUGUCCCCCAUGAAGGGCAUGGGAACCACCGCGGUCACACCUCCGCCUCAACAGGUCCGACCCCCUAGUGCAGGUCUUGCUCCCGAGGUAGGGGGGUACCCCGGAGUGUCACUCCAGGCCCCUAACCCCAUGGCCCCCCCUCAGAGAAACACCACUCCCCUGGGCGUGCAGCAACCGCAACAUCAUCCCCAGCACCUCUCCCACCCACAGCAGCACCCCCACAUGCCCCAGAGCCAGCAGCUCUACCAGGGUAUGUCCCUCAACCAAAGAGGCCCUCUCGACCAGGUGAGACCUCCAGGUCCUAUGGCCCACGGUGAGCAUCCAGGACCCCAGGACCAGCAGCUGCUCACUCCCCAGCAACAGGCACCCAAAUCUGGGCUGCAGCCACCUCCCAUUACCUUCCAGCAGCAGGUGCACCCAACCCAGACCGCUUUGCCCCCAUCGCAGGCUCAGACACAUCUGGCCGGCCCCCACCACCAGAGCUCCCCGCCCAACCAGCCACUUUGGGCGCAGGCAGGACACCAGUCGCCUCCAACCCCCCAGAAAGUGCCUCACAUUCAGUAUUCUACGUCAUCUGAGAUGACAGCUUCUGACAGGACACCCGCUUCGGGGGCUAACCUCCAGCCAGCCAACCGUGACAAGAAGCCCACCGAGCAGAAACCAAAAAAGAAGAAAGCGAAGGUGAUGGUGGAGGGGGAAAAGAAGCCCAAAAAGAAGAAAGGAGGAUGUAUAGAGGAAUAUGGCGAGGAGGGGAAACGAAAGGUCGGGGACGGUCCCUGGGCGGAGGUUAACUGUCUGACAGGUGCCCUGGAGGAAUCACUUGUGAAGACGAAGAAGAAACCGAAGGAGCCUAAAGAGCCCAAGACUCCCAAAGAGCCCAAGGAGAAGGCCAAGAGCACUACCCCCAAGGUCAAGAUGCCCAAGAAGCCCAGAAGCACUAAGAAGGUGGAGUCAGCGGAGGGCAGUGGCAGCAGUGUGAAGGAGACGAAGAGGAUGAGGGAGCCCUCGGUCAGCUCCGAUGAGGACGAUGACGGUGUCCAGGUACACACACACACACACACACCCCCACUACGCCCUCUCUGCCCCAACACACACACUAACCCCAACCUCUCUCUGCCCCCCCAGCCUGUGAAGCUGUACCUGGUGAAGUGGUGUUCCCUGCCCUAUGAGGAUAUAACUUGGGAGCUGAAGGCCGACAUCGACCAGGCCAAGAUCGAUGAGUACGAGGCCGUGGCGGCCCGUCAGCCCAAGACCAAACGCGUGGAGCGACCUCCCACCGAAAACUGGCAUAAAUCCGAGAGUUCCAGGGAUUAUAAAAACGACAACGCACUCAGGGAAUACCAGCUGGAGGGAGUGAACUGGCUGCUCUUCAACUGGUAUAAUACACGGAACUGCAUCCUAGCAGAUGAAAUGGGCCUGGGCAAGACCAUCCAGUCCAUCACAUUCCUCUAUGAGAUCUACCUGAAGGGGAUCCACGGGCCCUUCCUGGUCAUCGCCCCCCUCUCCACCAUUCCAAACUGGGAGAGGGAGUUCCGCACCUGGACCGAACUCAACGUGAUCGUCUACCACGGCAGCCAGGCCAGCCGCAAGACCAUCCAGGCCUACGAAAUGAACUACCGCGACGUGCAGGGUCGUGUGAUAAAGGGAGCGUACAAAUUCCAUGCGGUCAUCACCACAUUUGAGAUGAUUCUGACAGACUGUCCGGAGCUGCGCAGCGUCUCGUGGCGCUGUGUGGUCAUCGACGAGGCUCACCGCCUCAAGAACAGGAACUGCAAACUGCUGGAGGGUCUUAAGAUGAUGGACAUGGAGCACAAGGUGCUGCUGACCGGGACCCCCCUGCAGAACACGGUGGAGGAGCUCUUCAGUCUGCUCAACUUCCUGGAGCCUGAACGCUUCCCCUCUGAGAACACCUUCAUGCAGGAGUUUGGAGACCUCAAGACUGAGGAGCAGGUCCAGAAGCUGCAGGCCAUCCUGAAGCCCAUGAUGCUGCGACGUCUCAAGGAGGACGUGGAGAAGAACCUGGCCCCCAAGGAGGAGACCAUCAUCGAGGUGGAGCUGACCAACAUCCAGAAGAAGUACUACCGGGCCAUCCUGGAGAAGAACUUCUCCUUCCUGUCUAAAGGAGGACCGGGAGGAGGAGGUGGUGCAUGGGGAGGCGGCGGUGCACAGGUCCCCAACCUGCUCAACACCAUGAUGGAGCUGAGGAAGUGCUGCAACCACCCCUACCUCAUCAAUGGUGCAGAGGAGAAGAUCCUGGACGACUUCCGUGAGAACCACCAUGCCGAGAUGCCCCAAUUCCACCUACAGGCCAUGAUCCAGGCAGCGGGCAAGCUGGUGCUGAUCGAUAAGCUGCUGCCCAAGCUGAAGGCCGGGGGACACAGGGUCCUCGUCUUCUCCCAGAUGGUGCGCUGCCUGGACAUCCUGGAGGACUACCUCAUCCAGAAACGGUACCCGUAUGAGCGUAUCGAUGGCCGUGUGAGGGGUAACCUCCGGCAGGCUGCAAUUGACCGCUUCUCUCGUCCGGACUCUGACCGCUUUGUAUUCCUGUUGUGUACCCGGGCCGGAGGUCUGGGCAUCAACCUGACCGCUGCCGACACCUGCAUCAUCUUUGACUCUGAUUGGAACCCCCAGAAUGAUUUACAGGCGCAAGCCAGAUGCCACAGGAUUGGCCAGAGCAAGGCAGUGAAGAUCUACAGGCUGAUCACCAGGAACUCCUAUGAGAGGGAGAUGUUUGACAAGGCCAGCCUCAAGCUGGGCCUCGACAAGGCUGUGCUGCAGUCCAUGAGUGGCCGAGAAAAUGCAGCCAACGGGGUUCCACAGCUGUCUAAGAAGGAGGUGGAGGACCUCCUCCGUAAAGGAGCCUACGGAGCUCUGAUGGACGAGGAGGACGAGGGCUCAAAGUUCUGCGAAGAGGACAUUGACCAGAUCCUCCUGAGACGAACCCAGACCAUCACCAUUGAGUCCGAGGGCAAGGGGUCCACCUUCGCCAAGGCGAGCUUUGUGGCUGCUGGGAACAGGACGGACAUUUCCCUGGAGGACCCUGACUUCUGGCAGAAGUGGGCCAAGAAGGCGGAGCUCGACAUGGAAGCCAUCAAUGGACGGAACACCCUUGUGAUUGACACUCCGAGGGUGCGGAAGCAGACACGCCACUACAGCUCAAUGAAGGAGGACGAAUUGGCAGAGUUCUCCGAGCUGGAAAGUGACGGCGAGAAUGAGAAGCCCUUGACCAAACUCAGGCGACCCCAGGACCGAGCUCACGGGUACCCCCGCAGCGAGUGCUUCAGGGUGGAGAAGAACCUGCUGGUUUAUGGGUGGGGUCGCUGGGGAGACAUACUGUCCCGCGGGCGUUUCAAACGGCCCCUGCAGGAACAAGAUGUGGAGACCAUCUGCCGCGCCCUGCUGGCCUACUGCCUGCUGCACUACCGUGGCGACGAGAACAUCAAGCGCUUCAUCUGGGACCUCAUCACGCCCUCUGAGGACGGACAGAGCCGCACACUCACCAACCACUCCGGUCUGUCUACUCCAGUACCGCGGGGUCGUAAGGGGAAGAAGGGGAAACCAGCCCCACCUGCCCCUCCCCAGCUCCCCAGGGCAGAGUGGCUGGCCAGCUGUAACCCUGACCUGCUACUGCAGGAGGACAGCUACAAGAGACACCUCAAACACCACUGUAACAAAGUUCUCCUUAGGGUCCGUAUGCUCUACUAUCUGCGACAGGAAGUCAUCGGUGACCACGCCGACAGGAUCCUAGAGGGAACAGACUCAAGUGAAAUGGAUAUCUGGAUCCCUCAGCCUUUCCACGCCGAGGUGCCCGCCGAUUGGUGGGACAGCGAGGCAGACAAAUCGCUGCUCAUCGGUGUCUUCAAACACGGCUAUGAGAAGUAUAACUCGAUGCGUGCCGACCCUGCGCUGUGUUUCUUGGAGCGGGUGGGCAUGCCCGACGCCAAGGCCAUCGCUGCAGAGCAGAGGGGGGCGGACAUGAUGGCAGAUGGUCCGGAGGGAGAGGAUGAAGACCCCGAGUACAAGCCUCUCCGCAUGACCUUUAAAGAUGAGAUGGAGGACUUUGCGAACUCACCCCUGGAUGACAAAGAUGACACUGUGGAAGUUGAGAGUGGUGAAUCUAAACCAGGUGAGAAUGUAGCAGGCAGCAGAGGGGCGGGUCGUCUGUACUGGCCGGCGGCCUCGGCCCUCACCGCUAGACUCCGCCGCCUCGUCACGGCCUACCAGCGCACGCACAAGAGGGAGCAGCUCCGCCAGGAAGCCAUGGCCCGGCCCGACGGACGCCGCCGCCGCCGGCCCCGAGAACAUCUCUUCUCCAUGGUCACAGACGGCGGGGCCUACGUGCAGGAGGACGGAGCCUUCAUGGCAGAGGGAAGUCCUUAUAUGGCCACGGGCGGGGCUUUUAUACCUGAGGCGACGGUGCUCCCGGCGGAAGGAGGGGCCGCCUUCAAAGAGAGGCGUCAGAGGUGGACCAGGCGUGAGGAAUCCGACUUCUACCGGGUUGUGUCCACGUUUGGUGUGAUCUAUGACACGGACCACCAGCUCUUUGACUGGACCCAGUUCAGGGCCUUCGCCCGGCUGGACAAGAAGAGUGACGAGAGCCUGGAGAAAUACUACUUCUCCUUUGUGGCCAUGUGCAAGCGGGUGUGUCGCAUGCAGGUCAAGGCCAACACAGAGCUCCCAGACCCUACCCUGAUCAUCGACCCCAUCACGGAGGAGCGCGCCUCACGCACCCUCUACCGCAUUGAGCUGCUGCGUCGCAUUCGUGAGCAGGUGCUGCCCAACCCCCUGCUAGGUGAGCGCCUGCGCCUCUGCCAGCCUAGCUCCGACCUGCCCGAGUGGUGGGCCUGCCGCCGGCACGACCACGACCUCCUCCUGGGCGCCUCCAAGCACGGCGUGAGCCGCACUGACUACCACAUCCUCAACGACCCUGCGCUGGGCUUCCUGGAGGCCCACAGGAAGUUCACCAAGGGGGCAUUGGCUGGGGUGCCUCAGCCGCCCCGCGAUGGAGCUCUCUCUACUGCUUCUUCCUCUUCUACUGAGCAGGCCACAGCUACUGCUGGUGCUGAAAAAUCCUUACCUGUCCAAGAGGAGGAAGAAGGGAAGGAGAUGAAAGAGGAAGGUGAUGAUAUUCCAUAUACUAAACCUGAGAAACCAGACGAAGGCAAGGAAGAAGAGAUGGAGGCGAAGAAGGAAGAGAAGGCCGGGUCUCCCAAGAAGGUGAAGGACGAGGAGGAAGAGAAGGGAGAGGAGGAAGACGGAGAGGAGAAAGUGGAGGUCACCGGCGACGCUGACGGAGAGACUUCCAAGGAGGCCAAACCCGAGAAGGAGUACAAAGCUCCCACUGUGGAGACCAAGGACCAGGACAAAAAGCUGGACUUCCAGGAGAAACCAGAGUCUCCUAAAGCAUCAGAAGAGCAGGGAACCAAGAAGGAAGAGAGAGAUGAGAAAGAAGGAAGCCCUGCCAAGUCUCCUAAACCAGUGGCUGAGAAAGGGCCCGAUGAGGAGAAGGUGGAGGAAGACUACAGGUCUGAGAAGUCCUCUCAAGCUGAAGCAGCCGCCACCUCAGAGCAGAAGAACUUUGACGAGGAGAGCGACGCCUCACUGAGCACCACAGCCAGAGACGAGACCCGUGACGGGUUCUGCCCCGAGGAAGAGCCGUCUGCCAUCCCGGCCUUCCAGGAGAGAGCCACCUCAUCCUUAUGGCCCAAGGACCGUGUCAUGAUCAAUCGCAUGGACAACAUCUGCGAUGCGGUCAUCAAGGGCAAGUGGCCCGCCAACCGACGCCAGUUCUUCGACUCCCCGGGCCUGUUGCCUGGAUACCCCGGCCCCAUGACGUCUGAAAGCCCCAUGCCGAGGCAGAGCCUGGCCGAACUGUCGAUGGCAGCGGCCGCUCAGACCAACUUCAGUGGCAGCGAGGACCUCACCCUCUCGCCCCAGGUUAAUGAGGAUGCUCUGAGCAUAUCAUUGCCGAAGCAGCGUCGUCGCAGGCGGAGGAAGGUGGAGAUAGAGGCGGACCGUGCGGCCAAGCGCAGGAACCUGAUGGAUAUGGUGGCCCAGCUCAGAGAGUCUCACGCUGCAGAGUCCCAGAGCCAGGCCAUGGAUCUUACCAAGGGUAUUCUGCACCAGCACCACAAGUCUUCAGCGCCGUCCCCGGCGAGCUACCCCAGCAGCAUGGUGUCACCUGCUGCCCACAAAGCACAGAUGGAGCUUCUGCAGGCGGCCACACCCUCCAGACACAGGGCCAACUGCUCAUUGGCCGAGGCUGACCUGCCCACCAGGAGGAGGCGGGGCCGCAGAAAAAAUGUGGAGGGGCUGGAGCUGCUGUUCAUGAGAGGAGCCACGGAGGAUUCAGAGAGGACCAAAGCUUCAGUGGAGGGGUUGCAGAUGCUCCCACGUUCCCACCGCCACAACAUUCCCAGCACCUCCGCCCGUGUCCCCUCUGUCAGCGCUAUGGAGGACAGGGAGGCUGGUACCCCCUCUAACAAAGACCUGAGUGACUGGCUCAGACAGCACCCCACAUACACCAUGGACAUGCCUACUGCGUACACACCAAAGAGUGAGGAGACUCUCCUCUCCUCCCAGUUCCCCAAACCCAAGCAAAAGAGACACCGCUGCCGGAACCCCAACAAGAUCGACAUCAACACGCUCACUGGAGAAGAGAGGGUUCCCGUGGUCAACCGGAGAAAUGGAAGAAAGAUGGGUGGAGCCAUGGCCCCUCCCAUGAAGGAUCUUCCCAGAUGGCUCCUGGAGAACUCAGAUUUUGCCGUCGCUCCAGACUGGACUGACAUUGUCAAGCAAUCGGGCUUCCUCCCUGAGGCCAUGUUCGACCGUCUCCUGACUGGGCCAUUGGUGCGUGAGGAGGGCGUCCGUCGUCGGGGAAGACGUCCCAAAUCUGAGAUCGCCAAGGCAACAGCGGCUGCCUCGGCUGCAUCCUCUGGGGGCCUUAACCCCCUGCUGAUAAACGGCCUGUUUGGAGGCAUGGACCUCACCAGCUUGCAGGGCCUACAGAGCCUCCAGAGUCUGCAGCUGCAGCUCAUGGGCUUCCCCGGCAUGGGGGGGGCUGACUCUAAACACGCCUCGGCCAUGCUGCCUCUCAUGCUGCCUGGCAUGGCUGGUAUGGGCGUUCUGCCCAACAUGUUUGGCCUGGGAGGCCUGUUCGCAAGCAACCUGGCUGCAGCCUCCCCUGCUGCAGCCUCCAAUGGCACCAACAACGAGGACGAUUCGGACGAGACAUCGAAGAGAGACGCCAGGGAGGGUGAAGAAGAGCAGGAUAAGGAGAAGGACGACACUGGGGAGGAGGAAGAGUCGAGCAAGGCUAUUGGGGAGGCCGCGGCUCUGAAUGUGGCUGCUGCCGCUAUGGCCUCCUCCGGCAUGUCGGCUAACUCCCUGGCCUUCAAUCCCUUCCUGCUCUCCACCAUGGCCCCGGGGCUCUUUUCCCCCUACAUGUUCCUGCCCCCUGGCCUGGGAGGUCUCACCCUGCCUGGCUUCCCCCCCACUGCCCUGACCGACCUGCAGAGUGCCAUGGCUGGAGCCAUGGGGGUUGCCUCUGGAGCUCAGGGCCAGGAGAAGGAGCCCAGCCAGGUUGCCCUGGACUGCCCUGCUGCCGCUAUCGCAGACCCAGAGACUGCUGAUGACAGUGACUCAGCUGAGAGCCUGGAGAAGACUGCAGAGUCCUCUGCGCUAGAAGAUGAGACCUCCGCAUUGGCAGGGGAAGCCGACUCACCGGAAGACCUGGAGGAAGGAGAGGAUGCCCUUGAGGAGGAAGAGAAGUGACUGAAUCUAACUGGCCUUUGACCCCACCCCCACCAACUUGAUAUCCAAACAUAUGAAUUUGUUUUUUGUUUUCAUUGUUUUUGUUUCUUUCACAGGUAAACAUUUAAAUCAGGGAGAGCAUAUGUAGCUAAAAGGCUCUUCAUGUAUUGUUAAUGGCAUAGUCAGGGAAAAAGCUAACUGAAGUAGAGUUUUGCGGAUGUUUUAAGGGUGUUAUUUUUGGUCUUUGUUCACUGAACGGUGCAUUCUAGAUGAAAUGGGAAAUUUCCUCAAAUAUUAUUAUAGGAAUUAAUCGUUCCAAUAGUGCUAUGCUGCUUUUCUGGUUCAUUUAUUAUUAAAUAUUUUUGUGGAUAUUGUGACAGUAAGUAGCAUCUCGUAACUCUCCAGUGGCGUACAAUUUAACGGCAUUAAGCGUCUGUCUAUAUGCUGCUGAUGAAUAGGAUCAUGGGUAAUUUAGAUUUUGCUGUUGUACUGUUCUGCUUUUAAGAGCAGGAUGAAGUUCUCACAAAUCAGAUGGCCUAAUAAUCUGACUGUUCCCAGUCCCUCACUGACGAUCACACACACACACGUCUACACCCACACACACCCGACUGUCUAUUCCUGUAGUCUUACACUCUAACAAUCCAACCUGAUUGUUCCCAGUCUCUCACUGAUAAUCACACACACGUCUACACCCACACACACCCGACUGUCUAUUCCUGUAGUCUUACACUCUAACAAUCCAACCUGACGGUCCUACCGUCACCCUCCAACCGUUCCUCUCCCAUUACCCUUCUCAGUACCUGUUUUCUGUCUACUAUUAACACCCAUAUUGUCUGACUCUUCCAAGUCACACCGGUUCUAGAAACAGUUUUCCAGUUUCACAGCGACCGAUGGCCCCGAGUCUCCUGCCUGUUUUUAGUCUGACACUGACAAAGCCGAGCAGAGGAGAGUCCUCUCUCCCACAACGCGGAGGGAGACAGCAAUAACCGAAGGCAGCUUUUGAAUGUCUCAAACAUCGCUCUCCCAUUUAAACACAACUACAAGUGUUGGUGAAAAAGAGAAACGAAAUUGCAUACAAAUGACAUUAAAACGUUCUGCAAGCAAUUCGUCUCACUAUUCCUGAUGAUGCACUGGUGUAAGAGUAAAAUAAUCAGGUACCUUUUAUCUUUGAAUGGACUUUUUGUUUCUUUUAGCCACCAAGCUGAACAGCAUUACCUCAAUUCUAACUAGCCUUGAAGUUUACAGACAUACGUUGUAAAUGGAGUUUUUUGUGUGUCUGUUAUUUUUUUGGAACAUCGUAUGAUGAACUGUUAUGACGCUUUUAAUAAAAGUGAAUCAUGAUAUUCGCCUAGGAAACCAAACCCAGAGUGCUUGUUGUGACUGUUUUGGAAUUAGAUGUUAAAUGUAGAUGUCUAUUUUGAGUGUUAAAUGACGUUGGUUGAUUCAUGAUAUUGUCAGAAAGCAGCAGAAAAUGAAGUAAAUACCCCAGAAUCUUACAAUAAAGUGUUUCUAAGUGCAGAUGGACCACUUUACGCCAAAUGUGUUCAUUGCCUCUGUCUAUUACAAAUAUCCACUAACGAUUCAAUAAAAUCAACUACAUUCACUUAA